UAGGAAGUGCAUUUUAUAGAGAAAGUCAUUUACAUAAUUACAUUUUUCAAAUAUGAGUAAAUUCUACACCGUCUUCAUGUUCCUCUGCCUUGCCCUUCUCCUCAUUUCUUCAUGGGAGGUUGAAGCAAAACUAUGUCAAAGGCGUAGCAAAACAUGGUCGGGGCCAUGUAUUAUAACAGGAAACUGCAAAAAUCAAUGCAAGAAUGUGGAGCAUGCAACUUUUGGUGCUUGUCAUCGUCAAGGCUUUGGUUUUGCUUGCUUCUGCUACUUCAAUUGUCACUGACCAAGCAUUUUCCACCUUCAUAUUUCUACUAAAAUAAAAUGUGUAUUUUGAGUGUAAACCACUUUUAUAUUAUAAUGAGUGUCUAAGCCUACUCUUACAUUAUGUACCAUCCCACACUUUUAUAUGAAAUUAUCACGUAUUCUAUGUUCUAGUUUCUUUCUUUCAACCUUUGUAUUAUAUAAUAUUGCAUAUCUAUGUUAUCAUUGCUGGAUCUAA